CAACCCUCUUCUAAUUCUCCGUCAUUUAUCCAGAUUCACAUACAACACGCCGCACUAGAUCAUUUCUCCUCUUCCUUACUCAAAUUUCCAUCUUCGCUCCAAAUCGUCUUCAAAACCUCUCCCUCUUCUGUUUCACAAUUUUUAUGGAUAUCGUGGUGGUGGAUUCGGACAAGGGAAACGAGGCAGAUCGUAGCUGUCUAGAAGAGAGUACAAGUAUAUUUAAUGGAGUCGAAGUUCAAGAGCCAUAUGUGGGCAUGGAAUUUGAUUCUGAAGAAGCUGCCAGGACAUUUUACGUUGAAUAUGCUAGACGGGUAGGAUUUCUUGUACGCGUUAUGCAACGUCGACGCUCUGGAAUCGAUGGCAGAACUCUUGCUCGUCGACUUGGGUGUAACAAACAAGGAUUCUCACCCAAUAGCAAGGGAGCAUUGGGGCAAGAAAAAAGACCAAGGCCCAGUGCCCGAGAAGGUUGCAAGGCAACAAUUUUAGUUAAGAUGGAAAAAUCUGGAAAAUGGGUUGUCACAAGAUUUAUAAAGGAUCACAACCAUCCACUAAUUGCUACAGCUAAUGGUUUCAGUACAGAGGAUGAUAAAGAUAAGAAAAUUGCUGAACUUACUAUGGAGUUGGAGCACCAAGAUGAACUUUGUACUGCAUAUAGAGAAAAGCUACUCAGCUUCAUAAACAAUGUUGAAGAAGAAACAGAGGAAAUGUCCACAAAAAUUCAACUAAUUAUUGAAAAUAUAAGGAGAGCUGAGUCUGAAAUGCAAAAUUGUUCUCAGAACAGAUAGCCUCGGGACUGUACUUGAAUGUAUAAAAGAGUAGAACCAACAGUGUGCGUUUAGAAAACUUGAAAAUCAUGGUGAAAUAUCACGGUGAGACAAAAGCCAUACAUACUAGCUUCACAAAAUUACGGUGAAAAGAAAUCUCAAACUUGCGAUAGCGGUGACCCACCGUAUUACCGAACUUAUGCAAACUAUACUAUUUCGCUAAUUAUAGUAUUCCAUCUGUUCCUCUCUUUCUCCCCGUGAGUUGAGGGAGAGGAGGUGAGUAGCACCUUAAAGUAGCAUGCAGAUGUUAGUACAUGGUCUAUUCCAGAGUGUAAAGCAAUAUCAAGUAUUGAAAAAAAGAAAAAGAAAUAAGGUACUAGUCCUAUAUAUCAUAUAAAUGUGUCUAUGGCAAUCCUCCAAAACUUUAACUUUAGGGUAGCAAUUUUGCUCAUUUAUGUUAAAUAUGCUAGCUCAAGAGAUGAGGUUGCUCUCACAUAUUUAUAUAUAAAACAGUCCGGAAACCUUAGCAAUGUGGGAUUUCAAACAAAUUCUAACAAACACAAAUACCAACUUCAACACCCACCCUCACGCCUAGCGUGUAGGCCUGAGUCAAAUGCCCACAUUGCAGUCCUUAACCCGACUCUGAUACCAUGUUAAAUAUGCUUGGAUCUCAACCCUAAAAGCUAGCUCAAGAGAUGAGGUUGCCCUCACAUAUUUAUACACCCAACAGUCCGGGAAUCUUAGCAAUGUGGGACAUCACUGAAUUGCAAAUGCAUCAGAAAUGAUCUACUUUAUUCAUAGGUUCUAAUUUCUUUUAUAGGAAAUACAUAAAAACUGCAAACAACAGAAAAUCCUAAAAUAAAGCACAUGAUUCAACUAGCUCUACUAACAAUGAGAAUUUAGAAAAACAGAAAGUGACAUGUUCUAACAUAAAGAAUAGGUCUUUAUUGAAAUAACUAAAACUUACACAACAAUCCAUCCCUUAAAUUGAACUCGAUCAAGAGUUUCAGUUCACAACAGUCAUCCCAAACGCUUCUCUAAUCAUUUGAAAUGAUGUCAUCUUCAAAGGCUUUGUCAUUAUGUCGGUCAGCUGCUCCUCAGUGCUGGAAUAGACCAAUUUAACGACACCUUCCAUUGUCAUUCCUCUGAGAAAAUGGUAUCGGACCCUUAUGUACUUUGACU